AUGAGUUAUUCAAAGGUCAACGAGGAUGAGGCAGAGCUAGCCUUGCUGAGUGAUACCCUUUCAACCACUUCCGAUGACCUCGAAUCCAAUCGCGAAGAUGAAGUUACAAGCAGUACCGAGCCCGAGUACCAGACACCAACAUCCGUGAAGUUCGCGUGGCUCGGUUCCUACUUCCUAUUUAGCAUGCUAUUGACGCUAUACAACAAGCUCCUUCUAGGAUCUUUCAAAUUCCCUUGGCUGCUAACAUGUAUGCAUACCACUUUCGCCUCGCUGGGUAGCCUUGUGCUCCUGAAACUUGGGCAUUUUGAACUCUCAAAAUUGACUCCAAGAGAACAUCUGGUGCUGGUCGCAUUCUCUGUGCUCUUCACGGCAAACAUCGCCAUGUCAAACCUUUCCUUAUCCCUCGUCAGCCUAGCCUUUUUUCAAAUCAUUCGCAACACUGUCCCCAUCUUCACCGUUUUGUUAUACCGAGUCUGGUUCGGGCGCUCGUACUCAAUGGAGACAUACCUCUCACUGUGUCCUAUCAUUAUCGGCGCCGGAAUGACUGUUGUUGGGGAAUACCAUUACUCUGCUCUUGGUCUAUUCAUAACAGUAUUCGGAGUUAUUCUCGCAGCAGUUAAGACCGUCACAGCCAACAGGCUGAUGACAGGAUCCCUGGCACUUCCUUCAAUGGAGCUUCUGUUCCGCAUGUCUCCACUCGCUGCGAUCCAAUCCUUCGUGCUUGCAGUAAUUGUCGGAGAGCUACCAGCUUUUGCAGAUUCCAUGUCUCAGCGUGCCGCCGAGUCCUCAAAACCAGCCAUCGCGGGCACCGUUGUCUUCCUACUUGGAAAUGGACUGUUGGCAUUUUUCCUCAACGUUUCUUCUUUCCAAACCAACAAGCUGGCCGGUGCUCUAACAAUAUCGGUUUGUGGGAAUCUUAAGCAGGCCGUCACGCUAGCUAUCGGAAUAUUUGUGUUUAAAGAUUUCACAGUGGAUAUCUUAAACGGCAUAGGUAUCCUUCUUGUGCUAGGUGGUUGUGCAUUUUUCAGCAAAGCAGAGCUCGAUUCUAAGCGAGCAUCUACAUCAUAG